AUGCUCGACCUUGAAGCCCAGGCACGCCUGCGAGUCAAGGCCGUCACCGCGGUAGUUACCACCAUCACCGCGGCCAGUUUGAUACUGUUCGACUGGGACGCAGCGUCUGGGCAGCGCACGGCGUUCAGCAGCAUCCGACCCACCAUAAAGUCCUGGCUGAACCAGGUGUACGGGGCCACGCAGGCCUACCUGAGCGGCAACCGGGCCCUGGCCAAGCAGCUCAGCGCGGCCGGGCGGGAGGCGGCCACGGAGAUGCAAGCCGCGCACGCUGCCGCCGCGACCGCGCUGUUUGAGGGCCGGAAUCUGGGAGAGGGCGGCCGAGAGACCCCUGGGUGUCGCACCCUGGACCUGCACGGCCUGCACGUCGCCGAGGCCCUGGAGCGGGUGCGGGCGGCGGUGAAAGCGCAGCGCGUGCAGCGUGGCACGGUCCUGCGGCUGGUGGUGGGAGAGGGCCGGCACGGCAAGGUCCCGGCGCGCCUGCCGGCGGCCGUGCGGCAGCUGCUGACGGAGGAGGGCGUGCGGUGGAAGGAGCCGUACGCCGGCCUGCUGCAAGCCUCUUUCUGA